AUGUCAUGUAGUUAUAGGGUUAUUAUAUAUAUAUAUAUAUGGCUGAAUUUACUUAGUUUUUCAAAUCAAAUCAUGUUAUACCCUCGACGUUUUAGCGAUUUGCAAAUUUUAAUAAUAUUUUGGAAUAUUAUUUAUCAUCUAACUUUUCUGAUUAAUGCUAAUGAUCUAUACAUAAAUGGAAUCAUUGUAAGUCAAUUUAAAAUUGGCUAUCAAUAUAUGUAUAAAUGGAGAAUUAUUCAUCAAAUAGAUAAUUCCUAUAAACUCACUAAUGAAACUAUUAGAAAUAAUAAAAUAAAUAAUCAAAGUUAUAAUAUAGAAGGAUUAGCAAGGAUUAUCAUCGGACCAAAUUGUGAUAUGCGAUUAUCUCUUCAACAAGUAGAAGAAAUUGGAGAAAUUCAAACAACUGGAGAUUUAACUUAUCAUGAAAAAUAUCCAAUAAAAUUUUGUCUCAAUAAUGGUAAACUUUUAUCAUUUGAAUAUUUAUGGGAAGAUGAAAUAUCUUCUGUUAGAAUAAAAAAAGCCUUAUUACUUCAAUUGCAAAUGUCUUCACAAACAUAUGGACAACAAUUUUAUACUGUUGAAAUAGAUCACUUGGGCUCAUGUCAAACAGAAUAUAUUCCUAAAACUAUCAAUUCACAUUCAGUGACUAUGAUCAAGAAACGAAAUUCAAUGUUUUGUAAUGAUGGAUAUCAACCAUUCUUUAUAACAGAUAAUUCAAAACUAAAUGAUCAACAUUUCAUAAUAAAUAAUCAACCUUUAUAUUUACAAAGUGAUUUAAUAUGUGAAUUGACACAUAAACUAAAUGGACCAAUAAUAAAUGUCAACUGUCAAGAAACUUCAAUUACUCAACAACAAUGGUUUCCAUUAUUUUCUAUAAACACCUUAACUCUUAAUGUAAAUAUGCAAAUAAAUCUUACUGAAGAAACUGAAUAUAAUGGUGAAUUUAUAAAAUUUGAUGGAAUAUCUGAAACGGAUUUUGAAGUACCCGAUAAAAAUCACACAUUAUUGGUUAAUAAUUUACUUAUAGAAAAUAAUAUCACAAAUCAUAAUUAUAUUAAUAUGAUAAUGAACACACCUGAGAAAUUCAGUUAUUUUAUUGAACAAUUAAAGUGUUUAACAUAUGAACAAUGGAAAAUAGCAUACAAUUCAUGGGAAGAAAGUAUUCAAACGAGAGAAAUUAGAAAUUUUCUUGAAAAUGUUAUGUUGGAGGUUCAAACUGAAUCAUCGAUAAUCUUUAUCAUAAAUCAUUUUAUUGUUAACGCAAAAAAUGAAUAUAAACAACUUAAAUGGAUUAACUAUCUUAGUAUAGUAAAGAAACCAACCAUUGAGUUUAUGAAAGAGAUCAAGAGCUUGUUAACAGAUGAUUUAUACAAUCAUACAGUUUAUUAUGUCAGUUCAAGUAUAAAGCGUUUUUGUGAAAAUCAUCCAUCAUGUAUGGAAUCUCAAAUAAUCAAAGAAAUGGUAGACAUUAUUGAAAAUGCAGUUGAUUUAGAAGACAACAUAAAGUCAUUAAAAACCCUCCAGACUAUUGCAAACAUUGGUAAAAUCUUAUCUUCUCAAAAAAUCAUUUCCCUUUUUCAAAAAAUUUUAAUUGAUUAUAAAAUGGAAUAUAAUGAUGAUUUACGAUUAUAUUUUGGGCAAAUAAUUGAUCAUUUUCGAUGUGAACAAAAUGUAGAUAAUAUCCUAUGGAAUGUAUUUUUGAAUACUACUGAAUCAAAUGAAUUAAGAAUUACAAUUUUUAAUUCGUAUAUUAAAUGUUUAACGGAUGAAAAAAUGAAAAAAAUCAUGAAAAUUUUAAAUAAAUCUUUAGAUAUUCAAAUUCGAUCAUAUAUGAUAUGUAAACUGGUUAGUUUAUUCAAAACACAUGAUCCUUCUAAAAAGCAUUUACAAUUAAUAGUUUAUAAAUAUGAAAAUGAAAUUAUUCAAUUAAAUAAAGAUAAUGGAUUUCUCUUUAUCAUCAGAAAUUCUGGAUAUUAUGAAUGGAUUCAAAAAACCAAAUAUGGUAACUUCUUUGUAGAAUUAACAAUCAUAUACGAAUCAUACAGUAUAUUACCGAACACUAUUAGGAUGAAAUUAAAAUAUCAAAAUAAAGCAAAAUUAUCUAACAUUAUCGAUGUUUUAUAUCAAUAUGGUAGUGAAACAUUCCUUUACAAAUUUCUAAUCAAUCUAAUCAAAACAAUCACAUCAAAUUAUGUUCCAUGGAUGAAAGACUAUACAGCAAAUAUUGACAAUCAGACUCAAACAUUGAGAAAAUAUGAUUCGAUUUUCAUCAAAUGGUUUGAUGAGAUUAUAUUUCACUCAUCAAAUAUAAGUUAUCAAAUUCAGAAUUGGUUUACUACUGAGAAGACUAUCUUGAGUCAACCAAUCAAACUGAAUCAUGCAAAACACCUAUGGAAAUCAAAAAAUGAGCAACCAUUAUUAAGUGGAUUCUAUAUUGAGUGGAAAACAAAUGUUAUUUCUUAUAUGAAUUCCUAUAUGAAUAGUGUGUACAGUUUGAAUCCAUAUCAGUUUUCAUUAUUCAUAAAUCACAAAUCAAAAUUUUAUACUUCUCAAACAGUACAACUUAUGAGUGGAUCCUAUGAAAUUUUUGGUUAUCAAUCGGAUAAACAAAUUGAUUGGAAUUUUCAUUUAAAUAAUAGUUUUAAACUUGCCACUGUUUCUAAUUUGUCAAUGGAAAUAUUAUUUGAUCCAUGGAGUUAUAAUUAUGAAUUAUUUAAAUACAUAAAAACUGAUUUUUUCAUGAAAAAUGGUAAACCAUUUAUCAAUUCUCAAUCAUCAAUAUUAAAUCAUUCAAUAGAAACAACGAUUUAUCCUUUUAAUUGGUUACAUUUAAAUAUUGAAAGAUUCUGUAAUUCUGAAGACAAAUACUUAUCGAUCCAAUGGUUUCAAAUCAACAUCAUUGAAAUUAAAGGAUUUUUAUUUCAAUUUAAUUAUUUAUCUACUAGUCAUGAAGAAACGAAAAACAAUCUAACUAACACUAAUCACUUUUUUAUUCAUCGAUUAAAUGUAUCUAUGCAACAGAAUCAUAAUUUACAAAAUAAUAUUUUCCAAUUCAAUAUUAAGAUAAAAUAUCAGAAUAAUAAUUUACAAUAUGUUGAUUUAAAUUGUUUAGUAUUUCACAAAGAUUCAUACCAUUUACAAAUGAAAUACAACCUAUGCUACUCAUAUGGAUAUAAGUAACACACACCACACUACUACAAUCCAGAAAACACAAAGACCCUUAUUAAAAAUUCACUUAUUUUAUAUUGCUUUUUGAUUUCUUCAUUAACAAUUAGGAUAAAAUCGCAUAUAUAAAAAGUGCCCAGAAUUAUAACCAAUCACAUUCUACGUGUCAUGUUAAGCAUAGCUUAUGUUCAUUUAAUUCAAUGAAAUACCGCAUUCAAAUAAAUUAAUCUCAUACCAAAUAAAAUAUCCCAACUGGAAAGCAAAUACUACAUAAGCAUACUGAAUCUUUUUUUUAAAAAACGAAGGAAAUAAUGCUGAACAAAAUCAACCCGAUCCUAUUAAUUUAUUUAAUCAGUAUGUUUAGUUAAACGUAGGUAAUUUUAGAUUUUCGUUUCUUUUUCUUUUCUAUUUUUAAUUGUAAUUUAUUAUUUCGUAUUUAUAUUCUACUCAUUAUCGUCAUCAUCAUCAUCAUCAUCAUCAGUAGCAGCAGCAUCAACAACAACAGUAACAAAAAAAACAACUUUACACAUUUGAAUGAAAACACUUUUUUUAAUGCAAGAAAUACAAUUUCUCAAGUACAAAUUAUACAUAGAAUAACAUGAAUGGAAUAUUUUGUUAUUUUCGUUUUUUUUAAAAAAUGAAUGUAACUAUAAUUAGAACCAAUUCUUUCUUCUUUUUAUUUCUUUUUUCUUUUAACAUUCAUGAAAUGCGAUCAAAAUGUGGUAAUGUCAGACGAAAAAGAAGAAGAAACUAGCUCUAGUCAAUACGGUUUAUUUAUAAACGCAUUUUAUAUUCAUAACUUGUGAAAUUUACUUCCAAGAUGAUAUAUGUUAAUUCAUUAUUAUUAUUAUUAUUAUUAUUAUUAUUAUUAUUAUUAUUAUUAUUUCUGAUUGUGGAAUUUAUUCCAAAAUUUUAAAAUAACAUUAUUGGGUUUUCUUGUACUAAACAUUAUUUUUUUGUAUUGUCUGCAUACAUUAUGGUUAUAAUGUUGAAUAUUAUUUUAGAACUCCUGUGGUUUAUUUUUACCUUUAUACCUUUGUUUUUUUUUCUAUUUUACAUAUGCUUGAUCUUUUCUAAAUUGUUCUAUUAUUUUGACUAAACUUUUUGUACAACAUAAACUAACAUUCCAAUUUAUUCUUUUGAUGUUAUGUUUUGAAGAAUAUUGUAGUGAACGAGAACACCAAUGGGGACAAUCAAAUGUACCUGAAUAUAAAACUUACAGAACAUCUUAAUAAAAUCUGAGAACUAUACAGUAAAUAAUUCAUUUGUAAAAUGUCAACCAAUUGUCUAAGACUUCAUUAUUCUUUUGUUACCACACCAAUCACUCUCUGUUCUCUUUCUCUUUUCUUCGAUCUUCUUAAUCUUCUGCUGCUAGACAUUUCACUUUCGAUUGAUGAUAUAUAAUACUUAUAUCUGUCGACAUCAGUAACACAUACAACAAUAUAUUUCCAAAAAAUAUUCGUAUGAUAUUAGACAAAAUUGUUUUUUACUUCGCUAGAAAGUUUUAAAUAAAA